AUGGUUGUUAUGUCUUUCAAACAUGGUCUGUGCCCGGAAAGUAAGUUGAGACAGUCACUUACCAAGCGCCUGGCCACAGCACUGAAAGAUUUGCGUGUCAGGAUUGAGCAGUACGCUCACCUCGAAGAUGACCAGAUCCCCAUCGAGGUAGCAUCAACAGAACAAACAACUCAGCACAAGAAAAGAACAGACCAAGGGGAACACCGGGGACUCACGGUGAAUGAGGUGGAUAACUCCAAAUCUCAUGAAGCAGUCGUGACCGUAUUCAAAGAACCAAUUUAUCGUAUUUUGGAAAAGAUCAAGAGAGAGCCCUUCUUUAUUUGGCCGCCGAAAAUGUUAGGAGAUCCAGCUCAGCGUAAUCAGAAGCUCAGAUGCACUUAUCACCAAGACAGGGGGCAUAUGACUCAGAAUUGCAGAGCACUGAAGCAACACUUGGAAGAUCUGGUAGCAGUUGGACACCUCAGAGACUACGUUGAUCAGGAUAAAGCGGUUGCUGAACAGGGGAACCCACCACCAGAGCCAAACGUCGAGCACCCUCCUCGGCUGGUAAUAAAUGUGAUCCAUGGAACAACAACCCAGGAGUGCGAAGAGGCACUGAAAGAAGAAAUUGCUAAGGCUGUGCAAAUUCAGCAGGUCAUGUCAGUAGGGCUUGCGUCAAAAAAGGUACGCACAGUACCCAAGUCCCCCUUGUGCACUGUUUCAUUUACUAUAAAGGAUUUAGAAAGCAUUCAACACCCACAUACCGAUGCACUGAUUAUAACUGUGGGAAUUAGGAAACGGUUCGACGUGAAAUGUAUCUUGGUAGAUCAAGGCAGUGCAGCAGAUAUAUUAUAUUACAACUUGUUCAGAAAGCUCGGUCUCUCCGAGUAG